AUGCCGUGUUCUGGGUGCUGCCGUUCGAUGAAUUUGAUCGCCAGGCCGAAAUUAAUCGAUCAAUAUGAGGUUGGUGGAGAAAAAAUAAUGGAAUUUAGAACAGAGCGACGAAAAUUGAUGUAAAUAUUGGAAUAAGGAGCUUUUUGCACUUUUCCUUGCUUUUAAUAGUUUUUAAUGACUUUCCUAGGGCUUCCGGGGACGAUUAUCGGGUCCAAAUGAGUUUUAAAAAAAAAAGCAAAAAAGAUUUGCGCUUGACAGGAAUCGAACCUAGCCUAUUAAAACCAAAGACAGACCUCCAAGCCACUGCGCCGGGCGACCCUAGGAGGGAGGAAGGGUCUGGCGCGUACAGGACUCUUCCUGGAUUUCUCCCGAAGUUUUUAUUGAGUUCAGUAGACAAUACUCUCUUGUUUCUAAGCGCUAUUACACGUUUCUAAAGCUGAAAAUGCUUAAACUCAAACGGGUACUUCUAUUUAGAAAAUAAUCAGUUUGAAUGAAGUCUUUAUCGAGUUUAAUUCGAAGCCUAUAGAGCCCUAAUAGUAGGAUUCACCUAAUCACGGCGUUCCCAAAAGGGGUGGGGAGACGUCAAAAAAUUUUGGCGCGAAAUUUAAAAUCUCAAGUACGCAGCCAAAUGGGGAGUACGGUGUUCUUUAUGCCGUUGAAUACUCAGUUUUAUUUGCAUAGGUAGCUGUGACGUCACAGUCCUUUUAUCCGGAGCGCGCGCUUACUUUUUUUUUUGUUAAUUCAGAAACUUUUACGCCUCUAUCACCUUCUCUCACCCCAUUAGGAAAACCGUGCUGACUUACCCGCUAAAAUCAAUGUUGGGUACUUAAAAAAAGAUCACAAUUCACACUGAUUUCGAGUUUGAAGCUUUUCGGCACCCUUAUAAGCUUAAAUAGUGACGUCACAAGUCAACUUUGCGCCCAGGAAAUGGUCCCAGCUUACAGUGAGACUUCUGAAGGUGACUAGGUUCACUAGCUGCAGAGGGUUUUGCAGGUUUUGAUGGCAGCUUUUGAGAAAUCAUUUGAGCCUAGUCUCAUUCAGAAGUCUUACUGGGAGCUGUGACCAUUCUCCUUAAUUUUUUAGCUAGUCUAUUGACAGGCGAAUCGAGAAGGUACUAUAAUGUGUCCACAAAGGUACCUCUCAAAAUGGAUCGUGAGACCUCCAGCAUACCUUUUAGCUAUAACUGAGCCAUCUCGGAGGUACUUCAGAGUCUCUUCAAGUCCCUCUCAUUUUGCUCCAAAUUCUCAGAGGUAUACUAGAGGUACUACUCGAGGAGUAUCACGAUACCCUUUCUCGAUUCGCCUUUUUUUCGCGGCCUAUUGAAAAGUCUUCCAGUGGCGCUGCGCCUACUGCUGCAGCCGAGGCCUCAGUACCGGCCGGAAAAGUGUCCGCGGCGACUCCUGGUUCAUUCGCAGCAACUUGCGUCUUUCCAAAAUCCUCCGACUCGGAAUCCAAUGGUCUUCGAGGCCUUUCGACACCUACGAGGAGAUCGAAGCCAGGGUCGCCGUUACCAGAAGUUCCAUCGGCAAUUAUUAUCGGUUUUUUGGCAAGGUAUCUCGGGAAGAAUGCAGAAUGGCUCGACGCGUUGCGGUCGCGGCGCGGUUCGAGUUUGAACUUUGAUUUUUGAGAUUUAGCUUGAGAAGAAUUCCACAAUCAUUGAAGAUCGGGCUAUUUUAUGUCACAAAAAAUGUCUUUAGUUCAGAAAUUUCAAAUUUUUUUUGAAAAAGAGCACAGGUAGGUUCGAAAAAGGUGGGAUUUCAAGACUGUUUUGUUAAUUUUUUGUAGAUUUUGAACAAAGUUAGUGGAAAGAAAGGCUUGGAAACUUGUUGGGAAUUAAAGUACGUUCUUGAGCUUGAAGGUAGGUCGAGCUGCGAGAAAAAGCUUGAUCUGAUCAAAGAAUAAAUGAAGAAAAAUAACUGAGUAUGCUUAUUUUGAAACGAGUUUCAUUUUUUGUGUUCUCUACUUUGUUUUUGAAUCCUUUGACCUGGGGCUAUCUUCCACAGAAGUUUGGGUUAGAUGUACUAAUGUGAAACACCCAAAAUGGCCAGUAAGGCUGAUGCUAACCGCUUCGCAGCCGCCACGCGUCUAGCCAUUCCAAAUGCGACCAAAUAGUACAAAAAUGAGCCGAGCUGCUUCCAGGUGUGCCAGCACUGGUGCAGACGGACGGCCGAGAAGCAGGGGAACCAGGAAAUAAAGACGGAGAUCGACCUGAAACCGGAACUUGACGUUGCCGCCGAGUUGGGCGGCGACGUGAAGCCCGACUUCAAGUGCACCCGGAGGGGCAUGGCCAUGCCGAUGGGCGACCUCAACGACGAGCUUUCCGAAGACGAGUUCUCCCCCAACGUCUCCAUCUACCUCUUCCGGCUCAUCCAUCUCCACACCAAGAUAUUCCAACGGCUCCUUUAUGAACUUUACCUCAUGGACCCGCCUUGA